AUGGCUUCUCACUACGGCACGUUGCGCGUCGUGGGCGGCACAGAUGCCCAGCCAGGGGCCUGGCCCUGGAUCGUCAGCAUCCAGGAUCCUGGGAAAACAGGCACGGGGCAUAUAUGCGGAGGGUCCCUCAUCAGCCCACAGUGGGUCCUCACAGCAGCCCACUGCUUCAUCAAGGCUAGGCACAUCACCAUGUGGCGCGUGGUGAUCGGGGCCACUCGGUUGACUCAGCUGGGCCCCGAGGCCCAAGUGCGCAAUAUUAAGCGGCUCCUGGCUCACGAACACUACACUAGUAUCUCGGAGAGGAACGACAUUGCGUUGCUGGAAUUGGACCAGCCUGUCCAGUGCAGCUCCUACAUACAGCUUGCCUGCGUGCCUGACGCCUCGCUGAGAGUGUCAGAGAUGACAGCCUGCUACAUCAGUGGUUGGGGUUCCACGACUGCAAGAUCUGGAGGCUCGACUGAUGUCCUGCAGGAGGCCAAGGUCCGCCUCAUUGACGUCAACCUCUGCAACAGCAGCUGGUGGUACAGAGGGGCCAUCCACAGCCACAACUUGUGUGCCGGCUAUGCGCAGGGCGGCAUCGACACCUGCCAGGGUGACAGCGGUGGUCCUCUCGUCUGCAAAGACAACAACGCGGACUACUUCUGGCUUGUCGGAGUGACGAGCUGGGGGAAAGGCUGUGCCAGAGCAAAACAGCCCGGAGUCUACACCUCCACUCAGCACUUUUACGACUGGAUCUCGGUGCAGAUGGGCCUGCGCCCAGCAGUAACGGCUACUCCAGCGCCACGGCCAGGCUUCACCUCAACCCCCUUUCAGAGGCCGAGGCCAACACCAACGCAACCGGGCAGGACACUUUUUCUGUUCCUUGCCUUCCUGGAGAUCGCCAUCUUCAUCCUAGUCCUGCUCUAG